AUGGCUUCACAUAUGAAUGAUAAUUUGCCUGUUUUACGAGAUUUUAAGGCUAUUAUUAAUGGUACAUUGACAUCAUUCGUGACACUUUCACGUAAAAUAGGUGGUGAAUUACCAACAAUGAUUGAUCAUGUUACGCGUCUAUUUAAUGCUCAACAAAAAUUUAUUGAAAAAGCAAUACAAAGUAAAAAACCGACAAAUGAUCAAGAAAUACAAGGAUUGGUUAAACCACAAUCAACAGAAAUCGAAGCAAUUUGUGCUUAUACAAAUCAGAAUCGUAAAUCACCAUUAUUUAAUCAUUUAUCAGCUAUAUCAGAAGGUAUUCCAGCAUUGGGUUGGAUUCUUGUUUCACCAACACCUGCUCCAUAUAUCAAAGAAAUGUCUGAUGCUGCACAAUUUUAUGCUAAUCGAGUUUUAAAAGAAUUUAAAGAAAAGGAUCCUACACAUGUUGAAUGGGUUAAACAAUGGAUAACAGUUUUAAGCGAAUUACAUGCUUAUGUUAAACAAUAUCAUACAACAGGUUUAACAUGGAGUGUCCAUGGUCAACAAGGUUCAGGUGCUGCUGCUGUCCCCACUGGUAAAAGUGGUAGUGCAGCUCCACCACCCCCGCCACCACCACCUCCUCCACCAUCGUCAUCAUUAUCUUCAGCAGCUCAAGCUCAAGAUGGGGAGUCACGAGCUGAACUCAUGAAUUCAAUUAAUGCUUUAGGAACAGAUGCUACAUCUCAUUUAAAAAAAGUACCUGAUCAACUUAAACUUCAUAAAAAUGCUCAAUUAAGAGACCAAACAUCAAAUCAAUCAGCGGCACGAUCAAAUAUAGCGACUAAAUCUCAAGAAACUGUUUCACAGACUUCAUCAACAUUAACUUCUGGUCCACCUAAACUAGCACUUGAAGGUAAUAAAUGGGUUGUUGAAUUUCAUUCAGGUCGACAUGAUCUUAAAAUUACUGAUACAAAUAUGAAACAAACAGUUUAUGUUUAUAAAUGUUCAAAUUCAACAUUAACAAUUCAAGGUAAAGUUAAUUCAAUUGUGCUUGAUCAAUGUAACAAAGUUGGUCUUCAAUUUACAUCGGCUGUAUCAUUGGUUGAAUUUAUUAAUUGUCGUGGAAUGAAAGUACAAGUAUUAGAUCAGGUACCAACAAUUCAAAUUGAAAAAACAGACGGUUGUCAUGUAUUCUUAUCUAAAACUUCACUUGAUACACAAUUUAUAACAUCGAAAUCAUCUGAAAUGACAAUUAAUAUCCCAUUUGGUGAUGGUGAAUAUAAAGAACUACCAGUACCAGAACAAUUUAAAACACAUCUAAAAGGUGGUAAAGAACUUGUUACUGUACCCAAUGAAUCAUCUGGUGUUUAA